AUGACAUCUUUGAAAUUGAAUUUAACGAGAUGUUGCGAUGCUGAGAUUGAUCUCUACAAGUUUAGCCCUUGGGACCUUCCAGGUAAAGCACUCUAUGGUGAAAAAGAGUGGUACUUCUUUUCUCCAAGAGAUCGAAAGUACCCGAAUGGUUCUCGGCCGAACAGGACAGCGGGAGCAGGAUACUGGAAGGCCACCGGAGCAGAUAAGCCUGUGGGAAAACCAAAGCCACUGGGAAUUAAGAAGGGUCUGGUCUUUUAUGCUGGAAAACCUCUUAAAGGAGUCAAAACCAAUUGGAUUAUGCAUGAAUAUCGCUUAGCUAAUGUGGACAGAUCUGCUGGCAAAAGGAACAAUCCGAGGCUUGAUGAUUGGGUAUUGUGUCGACUAUACAACAAGAAAGGUACUAUUGAAAAGCAUUACAGUGUUGAUCAGAAGACACUGCAGUUUUCAGACAGCGAAGAACAAAAGCCGAAAAUAGGCAUAUGCCCAUAUAAUGGAAUGGUAAACCAGAUGGUGCCAUUGGUUCAAGAAUCACAGUCGAUGGCAUUACGAAACAUGAGUGAUUGUCUGCAUUUGGACGCACCUGAGUCAAUACCCAAGUUGCAUACUGAUUCAAGUAGUUCUGAGAACGUGUUAUCACCGGAGUUCACGCGUGAUAAGCAGGUUGAAAUUACCUCAAAUUAUUGCUUCUAUGCGGCUGCAAAUCACACCCGUCGAGGUGAGGCAAAUAUAAUGGUCACUGGUGGAACCGAAGCUGCCAUUAUUCCUAUAGGAUUGGGAGGUUUUGUUGCAUGUAGAGCUUUGUCUCAAAGAAAUGAUAAUCCAAAAACUGCUUCUAGGCCUCGGGAAAAAGAUAGAGAUGUUUUUGUUAUGGGUGAAGGUGCUGGAAUUUGUGUAAAUUGUGAUGCUUAUCAUAUGACUGAUUCUAGAGCUAAUGGACUCGGUAUCUCGUCAUGUAACCAGAGUGGCCUUGAAGCUGUUGGUGUGUCAACUGAGGAGUGGUGGCGGUUUCUUCGAGUAGCACUCGUUUCCCUCUUUCCACCACUCGUUUUCCUCGUUUCUUCCAGUAGCAGUGCAUUUUUGUGGAGAGACUUUCCGGUAUGGACGACGAUGAAGUCGGCGGCAAGGACGGCAACAAUGGCGACGUUGAACUCGGCAUCUUCCAAUAGGCCCACUUUGUCCAAAGACAUUGUCUCAAACAACUUGCCAAUGUCUCAAGUGAUGAGCAUAUCAUCUCCUCCACCACCUCAAGCGUUUGGGACACAAGACAGCAUGGAAGCUAUAACAAAUUUGCAUUAA